AAUAUCAACAUUUACAUUCGCCAAGCUUAUAAAGAGGAGUCAAAUUAAGUUUAAGUUUUCAUAGUGCCUGUCGAACUUUUUGUGCACAAUGAAACAUCCAAAUAAACAUUUGGCGACUGUUUUCGCUUUAAUUUUAGCAUUGGGAUAUGUUAACGGCGGAAUUGUCAAACGUGAUGAAGAUGAUGAUGACGAGAAUGGUGGACUGACUGGAAUGGUAGUUGGUGUAGUAGAUUUUACUCGAGAACUUCCACUUGUUGGGGGUAUUUUUGGAGCUGGAAUUGAUACUGUUACCGGCAUAUAUCAAGGUGCUCAAGAUGUCACUGAUGGUGCAGUUGGGAGAAUUCUAGGAGGUGCAUUCCCUUGUACGAUUUCCUUAGAGUCAGGACUUGUCUGCUCUGGUACUACCGUCAACUCUAAACUUAGCGAUCUCGUUAAAACACUUAUGGAUCCAAUACCUGGUAUUGUAAUGCCUCAAUUCAUAAAAAAUUUUAUCACGUUUGUUAUUAAUUUGCUGGCUGAACCUACAUUGGAUGUUAUUUUCGGAGGAGUUCCAUUACCUAACAUGGUUGCUGCAUAAGUGUUACUUUUAUUAUAAUUAAUGUUUAAGAAACAGUUUAUACGUAAUUUUAUAAGUUAUUGAUGUGCUUUGUAUAAGAAAAUAAAUAAAAACUCAAAAAAAAAUUA